AGGUUUCUGCAUAGUAAAAAAUUUCACAUCUAUUUUAAUGUAGAAUUCUUAAUUCAACAGUAAACCAUUAAGGGGUCAUACCUAGUUAGAAUAAUCGAAAAAAUCGAUUUUUGGGUUUUUGCAUAUUCUUGAAGUACACCAUUUCAAGAAUGUUUUCUGAAAAUUUCAUGUCAAUCGGACGAAAAUUGACAAAGUUAUGCGAGUUUAAACGUAGGAACCGCUCCGAGAGCAGGUCGCGCGCGCGGCGCGGCGGCAAGCAGGGCGCACUACCUGGGUUUAUACUCACAAUAGACAGGACACAAUAGGACAGGGCAGGUUCGCUACACGUCUAAACAAGUUUCUGUGUGCUUGUAUUCAAACGGCCAACGAGCUCAGUUUGGCAGUUGGUUUUGAGCUAAGCAAAUCAACUUAGCUACUUCGAUUUCGCUGCAGGUUUUCGAUUUCGCUUUUAUUUUCGCGUGUUUUUCACGAUGAAUCCGAAUGAAAAAGUCACACGAAAUAAAAGAGCACUGCUAAAAACGUACAAAUCAAGAUCAAAGAAGAGAAAACAAUCUUUCAACCCUAAGACACCGGAGACGAACGAAGCAAGUUUUAGUGCAUCUAGAAGAAAAAUCGAGUUGCAGAAACAGAUUGUGGUGCCGCAAGAUAAUUCUAUAGAAUAUAGAAUUCUCAAUUUUGUUUCUGUAUUUUCGGCUAUCGCAAUGCUUGUGAAGUGCAAAAAAUGCAAUAAUGAUAUAAAGUUUCAGACAACCAGUACUCGGGGACUAGGAUUUAAAAUUGCUGUUUUAUGUGAUCAGUGCCCACCACAGGAAAUUCCUUCGUGCACUUUUAUAAAUCACUCUUACGAAAUUAAUAGACGUUUUAUAUUUACGAUGAGAGUUCUUGGUUUAGGACUAAAAGGUGCUCAAAAGUUUUGUGGACUCAUGGACAUGCCGAAGUUUUUCUAUCAAACCACCUACGAAAUAAUUUUAAAGCACAUUCACUCGUGCGUCAAAACUGUUCGUGAUGUGCUUUUUGAAAAAGCUGUUAAAGAAGAAAUGGAGGAGACCGAUGGACAGGAUAAUACAAAACUAACAGUUUCAGGGGACGGAACGUGGAAAAAGCGAGGUUUCACAUCUCUGUUUGGUGUUGCUUCUAUAAUUGGUUAUUAUAGCGGUAAAGUGCUCGAUGUCGUGAUAAAAAGUGCUUUUUGUAAAAUGUGCGAAGUUUGGAAUAAAAAAGUAAAUACUACUGAGUAUGAAGAAUGGCUCGAAAAUCAUGAAGCCGAAUGCACGGCGAAUCACAAGGGAUCAUCCGGUAAAAUGGAGGUCGAGGCAAUUGUUGAAAUGUUCAAGCGUUCCGAAACUCUGCACGGUGUCAAGUACGAGAACUACAUUGGAGACGGUGAUUCGAAAACGUACUCCGGUAUUUUAAAUGCCGCGCCUUAUGAAGACAUUUCUGUAAAUAAAAAAGAAUGCAUCGGUCACGUCCAAAAAAGAAUGGGCACGCGAUUACGUGAGUGUAAAACGAAAAAUAAAGGGCUCGGCGGCAAAGGCAAACUAACUGGUAAAAUGAUCGAUAAGUUAACAGUUUAUUAUGGUCUGGCUAUACGUAGAAAUUAUGAAUCAGCAAAUAAUAUGAGAACAGCUAUUUGGGCUACAUAUAAUCACUACAGUUCAACAAACGAAAAUCUGAAACAUGAGCUCUGCCCGGCGGGAGCGGAAUCGUGGUGCGAAUGGCAGCGCGCGUAUGCAGAGUUACCAAGCAAUCAGAAGCAAAAAAUAAAAAGUUUUAUGCACACCUACGAUGCUUUACCGACUGAUGUUUUGACGGCUAUCAAACCAAUUUACGAGAACUUGAGUAAACAAGAGUUAUUAGAUCGAUGUGUUGGUGGAUUUACACAAAAUAACAACGAAAGUUAUAAUCAACUGAUUUGGAAAAUCAGUCCAAAAAUUCUUCCAAGCGGCUCAAUACCAAUCGAAAUAGCUGCAUAUGUGUCAGCUUGUGUUUUUAACGAAGGUUCAAAAGCUUUGUUACAAAUAAUGCAAACGAUGGGAAUUUCUACUGGCCCAAAUGCUCAUGCAUUCGUGGCGGACGAAGACCAGGAACACAUCGCCACUGCUGAGCGCCGCGCGCAAGCUAAUACACAAGAGGCCAGAAAGCGUCGUAGACAGGAGAAAAUUGAUGCUUUGGAGGUGGCUUCGGCAGCAGAAGGCUUACUUUAUGGGCCUGGAAUCGAUGAUUCUGUAUGAUUUGGCUUGGAGUUAUCGUGAACACCGCACGACACCGCUGAAAAAUCAGGUUUCCUUAAGGUGGCCGUAACUUCCUCAAUUUACAAUAUUUUUCAACGAAAAAAAUUCUGAAUGUUGUUCAAUAUAUGUACUUUUGAUAUCAACAUUUUGUUGUAAGAAAAAAUUAAUUGAACUUAUAAAAAUCCCCGAAAAUCA